GAACUGCUAGAGUUAGGGUGGUUUCCUCAGCGACUAUCCUGUCGCCGGCAGUGUUCAAAAUUUGCUGUGUGAGUAAGGUUGAAAUGAAAAAUAGUGCGCCCCUUGAAAGAGUGCCAGUAGGCGCACUCGUUGCUGUUGCAACCGGUCGGAUCGGCUGAUCCCUUCUGCUUUCGCUGCCGAGGUGUGCAAGCAACCGGAAACGGAGCACUUGUCUCGUAGCUUGAACAACCUGGACAGUUAUAUAACCCCGGCACGCCCCACACUCCCAACCUAACAUCGCAACAAACAAUAACACCGGUCACCAACAUCACAAUGGACUUCUUGAAAAAAAAGUUGAAUCGUCGCAACCAACAAGGACAACCCUCCUUCAGCAGGAGCUUUCUCGAUGAUGGGAAGUCGAACCCAUUCCAGGACCCCGUUUCACAGUUCCCAUCUGCUGGAUUAUCUACCCCCCCGCGAAAAUCCCCACCCUCAAACGAUCCAAAUAUCGCUCCACCACCACCAACCUACGAAUCCGCACUUCUAACCCCGGCACCCAUUAUCAGACGUGGGACCUUCUCCGACACCUCACCCACCGCCGAACAAUACGCGGGGCUCAGUAGAUUCGAUACGGUCUUCCUCAUAGACGACAGCGGCUCCAUGGCCGGCUCUAAUUGGCAGCAAACUGCAUCGGCACUAGCAGCUAUUGUGCCCAUCUGUACGGCGCAUGACUCGGACGGCGUGGACAUCCACUUUCUAAAUCACAACAGCUCGCACACAAAUGUACGCAGCUCGGAGCAAUUGCAACUCAUCUUCGCCUCCGUGACCCCACGAGGGAUCACACCCACCGGGCGGAGGCUCGGCGUCAUACUGGACGAAUACUUGAAGCGAUUCAGGAGGAAUAAGGGGAUCAAGCCGCUCAACGUCAUCGUGAUCACCGACGGAGAGCCCACGGAUCCGGACAGACUUGAGAAGAACAUCGUAAAGUGCGCGAGGGAACUGGACGCUAUGGGGGCAAACGAUAGACAAGUUGGCGUUCAGUUUUUUCAGGUGGGGAGCGACGAGGCUGCUACGGAGAGCUUGGACGAGCUUGACAAUGCACUUGUGGAGGAGCACAACGUUCGCGACAUGGUCGAUACCAUUAGCUGGAAAAAGAUGAACGAGGGGAAUGGGCUUACGGCUGACGGUAUCCUGAAAGUUGUUAUGGGUGCUGUGGAUAAGCGUCUGGACAGAAAGCGGCGCUGAUUGAGUCAUUUUUUCUGUUUUUCUUUUUGCGCUUUUAUUUCUUACCCAAAGGCUUCACCAGGGACGGCGCCCGACAUCAGGUUAUUGUAAAAACCUAGCCAUGAGCAGCUUUUUUACAAACCUAGUUUGCCUAUCGGGCCACAUCCUCCGCUCCGUUUCCGGUGUCUCUAGUUAACGCAGUGCGGUCACCCGAACCCCCAUCGCUUUCUCAUUUCGUUUUUUUUUGUUCUUUUCUCGCUGUUUCCUUUGGUGGCGCUCAUACAAUAAGCUCGGCGACUACUCGGGUAUGCUUACCAAGGUACCCGUGUGGGAGUUUCCAGGUGCUAGGACCGGGUCUUUGUUUGUGAUACCUUCUUCAUAUAGAUUUCCUAGUUUUCUUCAGCUGGUGGGUGGGUGGUAUUAGAGCUGCUUAUAAUUCUUUCAAAAGUUCCCCUAUCCUGUUACGUGCUACACACGAGAUGACUUAUGAUAUUAUACAAAAAAUGAGAUCUGGGAAGCGUCCUUCCCUGAUGGGUAAUAAAUUACCAGAGUUUUUCAAACUGAGAGCUUAAGGCCCUGGCUGGCGGGCGAGAAAGAAAAAUGGCAUUUUUCCGGCUGGUAUUGGCAUUUUUUUUUCUGACGCAAUUGAAUCUGUUUAAAAUCCCACUCUUUUGGCUAUUUUCAUCACAUGGUCAGAAAGGCUAGAUAUCCAUUUUUUUUCAUACUCUCUGGUCAAAGGGAUUUGAGUUUUAGCAAAAAUAAAGUUUUCAGGAAAAACAACAUUUUUUUUAAAUGACGUCCUGCCAAACAAGGCCUAAUUUGUCCCGCCGGUCGCUUGGAUGCAGAGACGGACCAUAGUAUAAGGUAGAAGGGGGGAAAGAAAAAGACCUCAACUACAGGUACAAACGGGUUCCCUCAGAAAGCACAACUCAUGAGUGUUUUUCUCCUUUCUUUCUAAAUUCUGCAUGCCGGUAUCCUGCUCAUGUUUUAGGACACCAGUCCCCAAAUGUUGGGUCACCCAUCAACAACAGCGUGGCAGGCUUUCCACGACAAGUUACCGGUAAUCGGGGGCAGUUCCUGCCAAGUAUGGAGAGAUACCGAUAAGUACCAAGCCCCCGGCUAGGCCGAGUUCGGAGCCAAAUACUGUCAGAUCAGAGAUGCCCAUUCCCCAUUCCCAUUCCUCC